CUUUGUCAACGUUCGCCCGCCCAGUGCGCCAAGUUCACUAAUAAGCUAGUUGGUUCACGCUUGCCUGCACGUUUUACAGCGCUGUGCUUGAUCAAACAGCUUGAGCGUUCUCUGGCCUCCUCCCUUUCUCCGUCCAGAAACCCUCUGCUGGGCAAAGAAUCUGCUCAGCAAGUCGGCGUCGGCGUCGCCAGCUCGCCUCGUUGAUCCCACGCUUCUCCUCACGCUCGGCCACCUGCGUCCCGCCAGCAGGAGGGGUUUGGCGAAUGAUCGCCGCCCUACGCCAGUGGCUGAACGUCCGCAAUUGCGUCUUUCGCCCUCGAGCCCGCGUAGAGCACUGCCAACCACUUGCUUACCGUCAUCCUUUGCUGACUAGAUUCUCAAUUUGAUUUGCCGAGACCGACUGAUGUAGAAGGCCAUGGGUGCGAUAUAACGCCUACAACAUCAACUGUCUUCACGAGCGCACGUCCGCUGCUAGUCCAAGCAUCGCACGCCAGACCUUACGCCAAUCCGCGCUCGCUCUGGACAUGGAGGACAUUCACGGCGUCGAUGUGAGCUGGUUGCACCACUCAAAUAGAGGUAAGCGGGAGUUCACACACAAGUUCGCCCUUUAUUUCCAUUCUGCGCGUUCUCCUUUGCAACACACCGGUCUUUCUCAUGCAGACUUCCCAAUGCUUCUGGCUGGCUCGUCUGUCGGACACCCGCUCCGCAGACAAACCAUUUCCUCACACGCCUUACCCCAGUCUAACUCGUGUGUUGGAUUUUUGCCAAUUCGCACAUUCAUGCUGUUUCAUCGCGUAUGCUAAACACGUCUCCUGUCAGACAAGCACAUACGACUACAGUCGUCGAUAUCGUCGUCAGGCCAGCUUUUGGAGCCCCCUCCUCCGUCUACGGACCCCGCAAGCCAGCGAGCUCACGUAGAACGCGUUCAAGGAAAUGAUCUCGGCACAUCGCCGCCGAUACAUAUCGCAACAACACCACUUGCGAUCAAUGAAUCGCUCGAACCACUUGCAAUGCCUGCGCCUGCUGUACAACUCCCGCAGGCGAUCGCAACUCCUACUCCGACCCCACCAAAGGCCGUCCCGCCAAAGCGGCCCUCGUUGAUAGGAAGAGCGAGCGGCGACAAAGCUACCAGUCAGAUAUCUACCGACACCGCGAAGGGAUCGAGCCCCCGCAGAAUGUCGUGGAUGUCCAAGUUGUCCUCCAACCUGUCCUCAUCGCAGCAGUCGCCGAACGGAGCUAAGAGGUCGCAAGCCACUCCAGCAAACAGCCACACACCUGUUGCAAGUGCUAAGCCUUCUGCUGGUCAUGUUAAUGGAGCAGCACCAGGUUCACCAAAGGAAGAAGCCGAACCCAGUCCUCCGCCUCUGCACAAAAGCGGAAAGGAGAGUUUCUUCUCCAAUGCGCUAAGGCGACUGUCCAGUAAUACAAGUAUUGGUACUGGCAGAACCAUUCCAAACGGUGGGCUUUGUCCUCGCCGCGUCAUGAAUAUUGACCACAAUCGCCCACGAUGUCUCCUGCCGGAGCUCGACCAAUCGAAGUUGCGCAAGGUCGCAUUUUGUGUCGACGUAGAGAUUGCCGGUGGCCCUCGCUACAAGGAUGACGCAGAGCAGGGUGACAAGAGGAAGAAAAAGAAGGAUGCCAAGUUAAAAGAAAGAGGCGAAGGCGAAGCCUUGAAGCAUCCACAGGCAGCUGCUGAAGAGAAGGACGCAUCUGGAAAAGAGGGGGGCGAGUUCAUGGGUACUCUAGAUGAUUCAAAUCCAGAGGACAAAAUCAAAGGCGACGACGAGAAGAGCAGUAAGAAAAAGGAGAAAAAGAAGCGGAACGAGGAAGAGAGAAAGGAACGGAAAGAGCAGCGAAGGAGAAAGGCAGAAGAGAAUGGUACACUACCGGUACAGAUCAGGAGAGACUCUGAUGAGAAUGGAGUUCCUGUGCCUCCUUCGCAAAUUCCAAGGCCUAUGGAUCGUCCGACAACCGACCCUCUAAGGAUAUACAGGAGGUGCUGCCAGUUAAGGGAAACUCCUGUGUUGAAACGCAUCACAGAGCAGUUGGGCAAUCCUACAGUUUGCCAUAUCGAUUCACCAGGCACCGUCACUUGCCUCGAUUUGACUGGUUCGAGGCUACAAUUUGCAGAUGUUGUUACCUUAAGCGACUGGCUCGCAGUUGUUCCUGUUCGCAAGCUCAUUCUCGAAGACUCUGAUCUCACCGACGAAGGCAUUCGAGUCAUCAUGGCAGGUCUUCUUGCCGCAAAGACUGUCGACUACUUUAGCAGAUUCAAGAGAAAGGGCGACAUUUCGAAUGCCGGUAUAUCUGAAGAGAAACUAGGGGUUGUGCAGAAGCUGAGCUUGAAGAAUAAUCCCAAAAUUGGGAAAGAGGGUUGGAAACAUAUCAGCCUGUUUAUUUACAUGUGUUCUAGCCUAAAAGCUCUCGACGUUUCCAUGAUCACAUUCCCCCCUAGCGUGGAGGCAGCGUCCGGGCCUGACGGCAAUUGCAGACCAAGCGUGUCGGAUCCUGCAGAGAUCUUCGCAAAGGCUUGCUCCGAGCGUCUUGGGGGCGAUACUCUAGAAGAACUGAUCAUGGCUGAGUGCUCGCUCACCCCGUCUGCCAUUCGGAAAAUUGUUGAUGGUGUUACGAUCAGCGGGCUGAAGCGGCUGGGUGUCGCCGGCAAUCGUCUUGACAAAGAGGGCAUGUCACAUAUUCUCCGCUACAUUCGCUCAGGUUGUUGCCAGGGGAUUGAUCUCGGGAGCAACGACUUACGAGAUCAUAUGGCCGACCUUGCCGAUGCUCUGCGCCCCGAGUCGAAACUCUGGGCUCUUUCGCUCGCAGACUGCAAUCUCGUCCCAGCCAGCUUAAAACCGCUUUUCCCUGCAUUUCUUAGGCUCAAGGAUUUGAGGUUUCUGGACCUCAGCCACAACCACGAUUUGUUUUCUGAACAUCCAAGCGCGUUAGGAUUGCUGCGAAAAUACCUUCCUCAAAUGACCAAUCUCAAACGAAUACAUCUCAUGGAUGUCGGCAUGAGUCCUGCUCAGGCUAUCGCGCUUGCUGAAGUGAUGCCUGAGAGUCCGCAGUUGGCCCAUGUCAAUUUGCUUCAGAACCCGCAGCUGUCAGCUUUGGCAAGCGCAACGGAUGUGGCAACACAGGAAGAAGCCUGUGCACUAUAUGCAAGCCUGAUGAUGGCGGCAAGGGUGUCUCACAGCCUGAUCAGUGUUGACAUCGAUGUUCCUACCAGCGACAAUAGCGAGAUCGUCAAGGCACUUGCAAAGCAAGUGGUCGCAUACUGUCUUCGCAACAUGGAGCGAUUCGCUGCUCAACUCCCGGAGAAUGAUAGCGGGCCGGCUCAAGUCGUAAGCCUCGAAAAUGGAGAGAGAGGAGAACCACGUAUACCGGAGGUUCUACUUCAUCUUAUCGGUAACAAAAAUGGUCAACAGGAGGAACAUCCAGAAGAUCCUGCUCCGAACGAAGAUUACAUCGUUGGCGGUGCCGGUGUGGUCAAGGCGCUCAGCUACUGCCUAUCAGAGAAGGCCUCGGAACUUAGGGCAGCCAGCACGCCAGCUAGCGGAACCGUCACCCCCAGGACCACCAGUGGUGUUGACAUAGCAGCCAGCAAAGCCAAAGAAAUGAGCAAAGAUCUUCUAGACAGUGCUAGAAAAAUCAGGACCAAACUUCAUCCAGCCAUGCUCAAGGAAGCAAAGUCUGGUGACGACAUGGCUUAUCGUCGCUUGUUGUUCCUUGACAACACUCUACAGGGCAUGAUACAGCGAUUCGAACAGGAAUACCCAGACUGUCGUGUCACCGAAGAAGAGUCCCCGGUGAUGAACAGUGUAGCGGAUGACGCUGCAAGCUCCAUCUCCAGCCACAGUUUCACUGGACCUUCGAGUCUCGGAGAUAGUAACUUAUCUUCAGGAACUACCCUCCAAGGGACAGAUUCAGACGAUGAAGGGGGCUAUAUUCGGAUUUCGCGUCGUGGAAGCGACAUUUCCCUUGCAUCGCGCGCUCAGGCAAAAGAAGAGGGGCACGUCCAUCGUGCGUCUCAGCGUGUCAAGUCGCAUAUUUUACCUGCCGCUGGUCUCGAGGAUGCUGUCACUAUGAGUUUGACUGAUCCGCUUCGCGAGCCUGAACAUCUCAAGAUACUCAAAGCAAAGCUGGAAGCCAUGUCUUCAGAUGAAUGGCUGGAGCUGCUGCGAGGUCAAGGAUGGGAGUACGCUGCCAAGUCCACGAUAGAUAAGGCCGAGUUUCUGAAGAACCUGGAGCAGACUGAUCCUGGUGAACUGGCUAGGAUUCGAGACUUACUUGUGAAAGAGGGGAAAAUGGAGCCGCUGUCGUCAGCCCAGUUAGACAGCGAAGCGCAUUGAACUCUCAUGGUUGAAUUUAUAUUUUGAGUUUUUAAAAUUCCGAAUUCGCGACAUUCUUUGUAUGCCGAACGGGUAGAGAUGAUAUCAUGACUGUACUAUUCACAUGCGAGUACCCUGUAUUACAGAAAAACUUGUGCUAAAUGAUGUUAAAUGUGUCUCACAGCUGUUCCUAAACGAAUGCUUUGCGAGUUCGAUAAGAAUCGCGCGGCACAAUGUUCUUACGACAAGUUUAGCUGCGCAGAUAAUAUAAGCGUAAUGCAUUCAUCCCAGCCUAUCAGAAAUAUGAAUUCUUCGUGAUUCUGAG